AUGGCGAAGUUGACUUCUUUCUUGUUGGCUUCGGCCUACCUGGUCUCUUCAGGUCACAGCGAUAUUUUCCAGCCCAUUGGCAACGCAGCACCUCCUUCAUAUAUACCUUCUCGCAACGACCAUCCUGUUCGCAAACAGUUUAUCGAGGACGGUGAUGUACCGACCCAGACGAACAAGUUUCACGCAAAUUUCUUCCUCGGUACCCAAUCAUUCCCAGUAUGGACACACCCAUACUCUUUAUGCUGGGCCAAAGGCUUUGGUGGCUCUUACGGCAUUGCUGUCAGUCACACGGUCAGGAAUCAAUUUGCUUUCGGACCCUCCGUUGAAAACCCACGAUACUUUAUAUCGCCACUUGGUAUUCAGCACAUUGUUCUUUCUGCAGCCGAACUUCAGCAGGAUACAAAGCUUUCCGUUCAGGACCUCGGCAGUUUCUCCGCAAAUGCCAAUUUGCGAGCUAGUUCCGGAUCUAAAAUCCUGAUGUCAGUACCCGUGGUUCAGGGUAUGGGUAUGACAACCGCCAUCUACGCCGGUGCUAGACCAAUCAUCACCAGCAAUGUGUUCUUCCGUUCUCUGUCAUAUGUUGGAUCGGUCAAUGGAGGAACCUACAAGUACAGAGUCGUCCUCAACGACGGCACUAGUUGGCUGCUUUAUGCUACAUCAUCCAGUGCUGUUGGUACCAUUCCCUUCACGCUGGAUAGCACUGCCAAGAUCAGUGGCCCGGCAAACUUCAUUGGAACCAUCCAGGUCACCAAAAACCCUUCAGGCCAAGACAUGGAGAGCGUUUUUGACAAGAGCGCUGGUGCUUACGCCACUGACGCUACCCUUUCCGGAUCAGUCAAUGGUGCAUCUGGAAGCUACUCCAUCAGCUGGACCAAGGGCGGCAUGGCUAGCCAAACUUUGCUCAUGUAUGCGCUGCCACAUCACGUGGAAUCAUUUGAUCAGCAAACCCAAGCGGCUCUCAAGAAUAUCACACUCGUCACCACGACCAAGGGCUUUGCGCAGGCCAUUCUUGCUGACAAGAUGACCAUGGUUGAGAAUGAUCUUCCCACCACAAUUGGAUUUGCUCCCUGGUCGAAGAAUACCAACGGCGCUGGAGGCUUCCAGAGGACUAGCCUUAGCUCACAGGCCACUGCACUCAUCAACCAAGUAGGCGUUGCUGAACUCAACCAGGACAUGAUCCCCCAGACUUCAUUGAACAGCAUGUACUAUUCGGGCAAAGGAUGCGCAAAGUUUGCCUCUAUCAUCUGGACCAUGAACUCCAUGACUGGUAAUAGCCAAUACGCAGCUGCUGGACUCGUCAGGCUCAAGCAAGCCUUGGAUGUCUUUAUCAAGAACACUCAGCCUGAGCCACUAGUCUACGACAACGUAUGGAAAGGUCUCGUCUCCGGCGCCAGCUACAAGCCUCCUUAUGAUGUCGGUCUCGACUUUGGCAACACUCUCUACAACGACCACCACUUCCACUACGGCUACUUCGUCUACACCGCCGCCGUCAUUGGCCACCUCGACCCCUCCUGGCUCACCCAAGGCAACAACAAAGCCUGGGUCAACGCCCUGGUCCGCGACUUCGCCAACCCCGUCGACGACCAGUACUUCCCCAUGUACCGCUCUUUUGAUUGGUUCCACGGCCACUCGUGGGCAAAAGGCCUCUUCGAGUCCGGCGACGGCAAAGACCAAGAAUCCACCUCCGAAGACACCUUUGCCAGCUACGCCGUCAAAAUGUGGGGCAAAACAACUGGAGACACCAACAUGGAGGCCCGCGCAAACUUGCAGCUCGCCAUCCAAGCCCGCAGUCUUCGCAACUACUUCCUCAUGGAGUCAGACAAUAAGAACCAACCUCCCACCUUCACAAAGAACAAGGUCACCGGUAUCUUGUUCGAGAACAAGAUCGAUUAUACUACGUACUUUGGUGCAAACACAGAGUACAUUGAGGGUAUUCAUAUGAUUCCGCUGAACCCUUCUUCGGCGUACACGCGCAGCGCAAAGUUCGUGCAGCAGGAGUGGGACACUUAUUUUAGCAAUGGGCGCGCGGAGCAGGUCCAGGGUGGCUGGAAGAGCAUCCUCAAGUCGAACCAGGCGCUGAUUGAUCCUCAGUCGUCGUGGCAGUUUUUCUCCAACCCCAGUUUCGCGGAGACGCUGGAUGGAGGUGCCAGUCGCACGUGGUACUUGGCUUAUUCGGCUGCGUUGAUGGGCGCUUAGAGUGAUGGGUAAGGGUAUAUAUGGUAGGGUUGAAUGGAGGGAGGAGGGGUGGAAACGUAUAUAUAUAUAUAUGGCUUGGUAAGGUGGGGAGGACCGAUGCUGAGUCGGUGUUGCCUCAGGUAUAUACAGCGUGACAUGGUUUGAUUACCAUGAACGCCUACGAUUUUUACGACUGAUUAGAUACUGCGUUGUUUGACUACUAUCGUUAAGAGGAAGGAUUUGCGCAGGAUACAAGUGUAUAUAUUGCUUUCUAGAUAGUCCUGGGC